AGUGUCGGGAGAGCUGAGGCCACGUCUGUUGGGAGUAAACAAAACCUUUAUUCUUUUAACCUUCCAGAACUUUCUCGGGGGGGUUUCAGAGACUGCCACGGCUACACUUCACUGUAUUUUGCCUUUGAAGGAUGAGCCGCGUUAAAGUUUUUCAGAAGAAGUUGCUAAACACGGCUGUUGUUCGUGACUGUCGCUGAGCGUUUCCUGAUUCAUCGCAUCAGCGUCGCGACUGGGACACGAACCUGCCGCUCCUCUAACAUAAGUCUUAUUUAGUCAGCGCUGGACUCUGCCCAUCGUGAAGUGCCACUUUUCUUCAUAGGUAAUGUAAACUACAGGUAUCCGGUGCUGUCUGGUCAAAGAAAGGCGUACACAUAGCCGUUUGAGGAGCUUGGUGUGUUGUUAAUGGUACUCUGCCCUCUGUGACGCCAAUUAAUGCCACACCCGCUAUCCGCGCGCAAGUGCACGCGUGACCAUGUUGCUUCAUCUGUUCAUACUCCUCCAACUCCUGUCCUGUGGAGAUCUGACCUGUGUGAGGAGGCUACUGUCCACGCAUGAAGGAUCACAGGACCAAGAAGUGUUUGUAGAUGACGGGGAGGCAAAUUCGUUCCUGGGUCGCCAUCUGCUGUUCAACCGGUUUGACUUUGAGAUCUUCGUCCCUGGAAAUCUGGAAAGAGAGUGUUAUGAAGAAGUCUGCAAUUACGAGGAGGCGAGGGAGGUCUUUGAGAACAUCCCGGCCACAGAUGACUUUUGGAAGAAAUACACUGCAGACAAGGACAAGCGUGGUCGGGUUGAUGUGACAUCUCUCCUGGUAGGACUGAUCGCUGGUGGCGUGGUCCUUGUUAUCGUCGGCCUGCUGAUCUGGUAUUUCUGUCAAGGCAAAUGCAAAGAUGACCUUAGCCGUACCAACUCAAUUCGGGUGCGGCCGAGGAGGAGUAAUGCUUCUCUAAUAAUGCGACGGCUAGAAGAGGUGUCCUUACAACCUGUGCUCCCACCUGGACCCCCACCCCCUAUGGAGGCAGUCGACCCCCCAGGGCUACCGUCCUAUGAGCAGGCAAUCGCUAGAAGUGGACAGCAUGACGCACCACCUCCUCCCUAUCCUGGCUCAAGACAUGGAAGUGGUCGCCGGUAGUAUCUUCAGGACAACAUAUCAGCACGUCUGUCCCCAUGAUGCAGGCGAUCUACGCUGUGCUGCUCUGCUUUACAUUGUUUACCAGUUUUUUCAUCAUCACAUGAUUUGAAACGGUGCCUUAUGCUUUCUGUUUAUUGCUCUGAUUAAGUUAUAUUUUUCCAAUCAAAUACUUCUAAUCUUUCUGGCCUGGUUUCUUUCCUUAGCAGUAUAAACUUGUCAGUUUUUAAGCUGCCCUUCCUUAACCUGCUUGUGCCAAAAUGUAGUUUUGUGGGAACCUUUAUUAACUAUUUUCACAGAUGUGAUUACCCUUUGUAAUAUAACCCCAACCCUGUGAAUAAGCUUUAUUAUACACCAUACCCAGUUUGCUGCUGUUUGCCUAAAUUAAAAUGAAGAAUCAGUAAUGUAAUGUAAUAAUAAGGAGAGCUUUAAAUAUGUACAGUAAGCCCUUAAGGAGCCGCUGCUUUCGAUGGAGCAGUGUGGGAGGGCUAAGAGCGAGAUCAGAAUUAUGUUUCAUUACACGACAAGUAUUAAAUGCAGCUGAAGAGAGACAGAGUGAUUUGUGCAGUCAUACAGAUAGAUUUUAAUGGCGUGAUGGUUAAUAUUGUUAAUAUAUUAAAGAAAAUGCUUUUAAGGAUAAUACAAGUGUUUUUGAUGCUCUGACUUACCAGCUUACUUAAAGGUUCACUUUGUACUUUAAGUAUAAUUUUUUUGUUAAUGUUCGCAUUUUCUUGCUGCUUUAUAAAGUUCUAGAGUGUCAGGAAAUGUUUGCUUGAGUCACCAACUAAUGAGAAUGCUCUUCUAAUAUGUGAAGUCAUUUUUUACUUUUGGUAUCGAUCUACAUUGUGGUUAAUUAUUACAUGUACAUUAAAUGGAGGUGGAAGCUCUUCAAAGGUAGUUUUAAAACAUUUUACACUUACACAGAAGAACAUUUUUGCAGUCGUACGAUUACAGCUGUGAUGAACACGAGAGCUACAAAAAAUAUGUCAACAAAAUAUGCAAACAAUGCAGUAAAACUGUUUGCCCAACAUGUCCAAAACAAAGUAACUCAUUUAACUGUAGUUUAUAUGAGCAUUAUAUAAGCCUGUGUGUCAUUUUCAUUAGAUGAUAUGGAAACACAAGAGUUAAGAUGUUAUUAUGUUCCUAUAAAUUACCUGUACCAAAGUUUCAUUAUGACAGGGAUGGCUUUGUUGAAGCCGAUGUGAAGCAUAACUACUUGAAAUGAAAAUCUUUUAUAGCUGUUUUAAAUAAAAUUGAUAU